GAGACAGAGACAGAGAAAUAUUUCUGCUUGGUUAUGGGGAAAAUGGUGAUGGCCAAGUCCAAGCUGUCCUACGAGGAGUCUCGUAGGCAGAGAUUGGAGGAAAACAAGAAGAGAAUGGAAGCACUGAAUCUGCCUCAGCUUGCUCAGGCUAUUAAAACUACAUCUUCUCCCAAACCCUCCCCUAUGAAGCGGACGAAGCCUCGGACAGUCGAGAAGCAGAUGGUUGUGGUGAGGAGGUCCUCUCGUGUCGCAAACCUGCCUACCCCUGUUUACAAAGAAGUUGUUGUUGAUCGAGUGAUGAUACCCAGAAAGUCCUACUCUAGUAGGCACAGGGAUUUUUCGAACCGGGUAUAUGCUUCGGAUGAAGCCAGAGCUGAAGCCAUGGAGAGAGCUGCGAAUUUAGAGUCUGGUUUGGGAUCCGAUCACCCGAUCUUUGUAAAAACAAUGCUCCCAUCUCAUGUUUCUGGUGGAUUCUGGCUGGGUCUUCAAGUCCAGUUCUGCAAGGAGCACCUCCCAAAGGGUGAUGAAGUAAUGACAUUGAUAGAUGAAGAUGGCGACGAGUACCCGACUAUAUACUUGGCCCGGAAGACAGGACUCAGUGGUGGAUGGAAGGGAUUUGCAGUUGCUCAUGAUUUGGUUGAUGGGGAUGCAUUGGUUUUUCAGUUGAUUCGCCGUACAUCAUUCAAGGUGUACAUUUUGAGGAUGGAAGAUGGCAAAAAGCUUUAACUAUUGCGAAGUUGGGUCAAUGUUGGUGAUUGUUUUGGGAUCAUUCCUGUAGAGCUUAUGCAUCGUCCACUAAUGACAUUUUCUACGAAUUGUAAAUGCAUAUUUCCUAUGUACUCUCUUGACCUAGAUUAAUUUACUCUUUGGCUUAUGAAUUCACAAAUGAUCAUAUGUAUCUGAAGAAAGAGGCACCACUUUUACAAGUA